AUGUUUGCACCACUUUUAAAAAUCUUCGCACUCAAGAAGGUAGCCCUGAAUGUUUGCUCGAUGACGUCGAGCUUCAGUGUGGAAAGCACAGAAGCUCUAAAUGUGAGCGUGACAACAUCUCCUAAGGCUUCACAGACCCAAAAACCGGGCACACUUCUCGAGAAAAUGAAUUUAAUAGUCCUCGUGCUUAUAUGUAACUGCAUGAUAGUACGGAGAAAACGAAAACAAAAGUUGAAACUCAUGGAAGAAAUGGAAAGAGAAGAUGAGGAAAGAAGGAAGAAGAAGAAGAAGAAACGGAAACGAAAGAGGUUGUCGAGAGGUGUCAAACCAGUAAUACCACUGAAACCAAGCCAAGAGCUAAAGAAAGCAUUGAAUGAAUUUCUGGAAUUGCAAACACAAACUCUUGGCUCCGUGAUGGACGAGGACGAGGGAGCGUCGAAAAAAGGAAGUCAAGGAGCAAGCGCUAGCAGAAAGAAAGCUGCUGGUUCACGCGAUAGAGAAGAAGACACUGAGAAAAAGGAGACUUCCAGAGAGGCGGAGAACAGUCAUUGCGAACCUGGUGCUUGCUAUAAGCAAUUCUUCACGGCAAGCUUCGACAAUGCCGAAAGAUUUUGUAAAACGAAAGGAGCGCAUUUGGCUUCCAUACACAGCUAUGAGGAAAAUCAUUUUGUAGCAGCAUUGGCGAAAACAGGUAAAGAGUGGACGAAGCAUACCGAUUACACAUGGAUAGGUCUGAGACAAGUGAAUUAUCCAAAAGACAAGAAAGGAGCUGGACUGAUGGCACGAAAGUCGAUUUUCUGACUUUUGCUAACGGUCAGCCGGACAACGCUGGCUCAAAUGAGCACUGCACGCAGUUGUUUGGUGACCAUGGAUCUUGGUCCUAUCUAAUGUGGAAUGACGCGCCUUGCAAAGAUGUAAUGAGAUCAUUCAUAUGCAAGAAAAAGGGGAGGACGUCCGCAUGCUUCUGAUAUAAACGUUUGUUCUUGAAAUGAUGGUUUGAAGAGUCAAUAAGACCUGACAAGAUUUUUU